AUGGCAUCAUAUAUCGCAUUCUGUGACUCCAAGGGUAAGCCAUUGCUUUCUAGACGGUACAAGGAUGAUGUUUCCCAAGCGGCAGUUGAGCAAUUCCAGCAUUUAUUGAUAGAAAAGGAACAAGAAAGCAGUAUUACACCGCCAUGUUUCCAGCACAAUGGAGUGCAUUAUAUGUACGUGCAGUACAAUGACAUAUACGUGCUUGCAUUGACAAGGUCUGUCUUGAUGAACGUUACUACGUUAUUUUCGUUUUUAUACAAGCUUAUCGGUGUUGUGGAGGAGUACGUCAAGCGGGUUGAAGAGGAAUCUAUAAGAGACAAUUACAUUAUCAUUUACGAGUUAUUGGACGAGAUGAUGGAUAAAGGUAUUCCUCAGGUGACCGAGACGAAGAUGUUGAAGCAGUAUAUUACUCAGAAGUCAUUCAAGUUGACGAGAUCUGCAAAGAAACAAAAGAAUGUGGCGAGACCACCUACCGAGUUGACGAAUUCUGUGAGUUGGAGACCCGAGGGAAUCAAGUACAAGAAGAACGAGGCGUUCCUCGACGUUAUUGAGUCGAUUAACAUGUUAAUGACCCAGCAGGGACAGGUUCUAAGGUCUGAGAUUUUAGGAACCAUCAAGGUCAGGUCCCGGUUGUCCGGUAUGCCUGAUUUGAAACUAGGACUCAACGACAAGGGAAUCUUUACGACGCAAAACGGUUCCGAUGAUUCUCCAGAGCCCGGUAUGCCGUCUUCUUCAUCUACUUCUGCUGCAAGCAGAGCAAGAGGUGCCAAUAUAGAACUAGAGGACCUCAAGUUCCACCAGUGUGUCCGCUUGAGCAAAUUCGAAAAUGAAAAGAUAAUCACCUUCAUCCCACCGGAUGGAGAGUUCGAUCUAAUGACCUACAGACUUUCUACUCCAAUUAAACCAUUGAUAUGGUGCGACGUGAAGGUACUCGUACAUUCUGGGUCUCGUAUAGAGAUCCAUUGUAGGGCCAAGGCCCAAAUUAAAAAGAAGUCCAUCGCGAACAACGUCGAGAUCUUGAUACCUGUUCCAGAAGACGCAGACUCGCCCACGUUCAAGUAUUCUCGAGGCAGCAUCAAAUGGGUCCCUGAGAAGAAUGCAAUUCUUUGGAAGUUUAGUAGUUUCCAAGGUGGAAAAGAGUACUCGAUGGCUGCAGAGCUCGGCUUGCCAUCCGUUUCUGACUUUGAAACCCCAAAGUUGAAGAGACCAGUCCAGAUCAAGUUCCAGAUCCCAUACUUCACCACAUCCGGCAUCCAGGUGCGCUACUUGAAGAUCGAAGAGCCAAAACUACAGUACAACAGUUACCCAUGGGUACGCUACAUUACGCAAAGUGGGGACGACUACACUAUAAGGCUGUGA